AUGUCGAAGGAGUCCGUCACCGACCACACCGUUAGUCCCGACGACCUCACGGAACAGCCGAUCCCUUCUUUGAUCGACAUCGUCCGUACAGAUGAAAAGUCCGCGUAUUUUGACCUCGUUGAGGCCGAACUUGUCAGGAGGGAGGAGAUCUGGGAGGCUAGACUUGUAAAGAUCUCAGAUGAAAUCUUCAAGGUUUUGCAGGUUGAGACUCUCCCGAAGGACAUUACGAGUUAUAGUUUCACUAGAUUUAUAUGGAGAGGACUGGAUCCUAUAAUCGUUGGUUUGAGUGAUAGUAGUAGUGAUGAAGACACUGCUAACAGUGAUGAGGGCCGUAGAAGAAGUUUGGACUGGGAUUUUGGGCUUUCAAGUGAGUCAGAGGAUGAGGGAGAAGGUUCAGCUUCAGCAGCUGCAUAUGAAGUUGAUGCUGAAGUUGAUGGUGAAACUGAACCUUCUCCCUCAUCCUCUGACUCACUUGAAAGCCCAAAAUCCAGUCCAAACUUCUUCCACGGCCCUCAUCACUGUUAUCAGCGCCAAAGAGAGAAAGCAAAUCGGGUUGUAAGUUCUUUUGAUAGUGUUUCAAAUUCUUUUGAUGAUGAGGAUGAAGAAGAGGAAAAGGAGAAGAGGAGAUGUAAGAGGAGGAAGAAGGAGAAGAGAAGAGAGCCAACUUUUGAGUCUCAUAGCAAUAAAGUUUUGCGCUGCGACGAGGUGAUUGUGGAAACUGAAUGCUCUGGAAUUCGCAAGAAGAAUGGUGAGAAUAAGAACAAUUCAUCCUCAACCGAGAAUAAUGUGUUUAAUCAUCAGCAAGAGAAAAUGCUACCAAAGGAUGCAGAUUGUGCUAGUGUUCUCUUUGGAGAACGCAAUAUGGAGGGUUGUUCUUCAGAAAAGAAUGAAGAUAAGGAAAAGAAUGUAUCCAAAAAACCGGUGGAGGUUUGUUCUUCAAAAAAGAAUGAAGAUAAGGAAGAGAAUGUAGCUAUGAAACCAGUGGAGGGUUCUUCAGAAAAGAAUGAAGAUAAGGAAAAGAAUGUAGCUAAGAAACCAGUGGAGGGUUGUUCUUCAAUGAAUGUGGCUAAGAAACCAGUGGAGGGUUGUUCUUCAAAGAAGAACGAAGACAAAGGAAACAAUGUGGCAAAGAAACCAAUGCCGGCGGGGAAUAGAGCACGGAAGAGAGUGGAAAGAACAGGAGAAAAUGUUGGUGCUGAUAUUGAAGCCUCUUCCCAAAAGCGUUCGCGUCCAUCCCCACCUGAGGAGGAUGAUUCAGAAAAGGAUGAAAAGAAACCGCUAAAACAGAAGGGUCGUGAAAGUGUGUCUCAUUUUGUGGCAAAGGACAAAGGGGACUUGCCGAUGAUCGAUGAAAGAGUGCCGAUGAAUGAUGAAAGAAUGGAGAGUGCAGAGGAAGAGAGGGAGAACAAGAAGGAAGGAGAGGCUGAAGGGAAGCAUAAGGCCGGGGCGGAUUGCGAAAGUAGUUACAAAGAUAGGGAGCAACAUAGAGUGACAACAAAUCCAUCUAAGGCUAAAGGAGGCACCGUUGAUUGA